UGCGGUGUGACAUAUAGGUUUUAUUUAUUUUAAGGUGUAUUAAAUAAGUAAUUUUUAACAUAUUUAUAUGUUUUAUUUAAAAUUAUAUUAAAAUGUUUAAUACUGUGAAGAAUUCUGUUAAAUAUGAAAUUAAAAAAUAUGGGCAACGGACAUAUAUGCGACACUCAUUAGAUAUAAUUAAAAAUAAUUUAAAUCGACAAAAAAUUAAAGAAUCAUUAAGUAUUUUUUAUCGAUCAUGUGGCCAACCAACAGUAACUACACAUCCUCAUUUAAUAAAAGAAGGAGAAGUAGUACCUGGUAUUCAACUUUGUGAAUUCAAAAAGCGACGAAACAAAUUGAUAGAGAAUAUUAUUUCACAUGCUUAUACCACAAAUCUAGCCAAAUCACAUAUUAUAAUUAUUCCUUCUUCAUCUAAAGUAUACAUGUCUGGCAAAAUUCCAUAUGUUUUUCGGCAAAAUACAGAUUUUCUUUAUUUUACUGGUUGUCAAGAACCUAAUAGUAUUUUAAUAAUUACAAUAAAAAAUGAAAAUUUUGUAACUACUUUAUUUUUAACACAACAAGAUGAACAUUCUGAACUAUGGGAUGGACCUACAACUAAAGUUGAAAUAGCACCUGAAAUGUUUGGUGUAGAUACAGCACUUCCAAUAAUAGAGUUAGAACAAUUUUUUAUUUCUUUUAUGACUGAAAAUAAAAAUAGUAUCAUUUGGUAUGAUACUAUUGAUAUAACACAAACAAGUUUACACAAAAAAUUAUAUGAAUUAGUGAAAAUAACAAAUUGUCAAACUCUUUCUCCAACAAAUAUUAUGCAUAAAAUUAGAUUAAUUAAAUCACAAUCUGAAAUAGAUUUAAUGAAAAAAAGUUGUAAGAUUAUUUCAGCAGCAAUGUCUAAAACUAUAAAAAUAUCAAAACCCAAAAUGAAUGAACAUCAUCUAUUUGCAACUGUGGAUUAUGAAUGUCGAAUGAAUGGAGCAGAAUUUUUAGCAUAUCCACCAGUUGUUGCCGGAGGAAAAAAUGCUAAUAUUAUUCAUUAUAUUACUAACAAUCAAAUAAUUCAAGAUGGAGACAUGGUUUUAAUGGACGCAGGUUGUGAAUAUCAUGGUUAUUCAUCUGAUGUAACUAGAACAUGGCCAAUUAAUGGAACAUUUACUCAAGAACAAAAAAUUUUAUAUGAAAUAGUAUUAGAUAUUCAAAACAUUUUAAUUCAUAAAUUAAAAGAAUUACCUUCAUUAGAUCAAUUAUAUCAUGAUAUGUGCUCUUUAUUAGGCAAAAGAUUACAAGAAUGUGGAUUAAUACCAAAACAUUUAAACAAAAAAGAAUUAUUUUCUACAGUUUAUUCUUAUUGUCCACAUCAUGUGAGUCAUUAUUUGGGUAUGGAUGUGCAUGAUACAGGAAAAAUUUCUAGGAAUUUAAAACUUCAGCCAGGAAUAAUAAUCACAAUAGAACCUGGUAUAUAUGUUAAUCCUAAAAAUCAAUUUGCUCCACCAGAAUUUGUUGGUUUAGCUGUUCGUAUUGAAGAUGAUAUUUUAAUAACAGAAAAUGGUCCGAUAAUUCUAACAGAAGAUUGUCCAAAAGAAAUUUUCAAAAUAGAAGCUUUAGCAAGUCAAUAAUUAUAAUAAUGGCUGUAUAUAAUUUUCAAAUAUAAUAAAUAUUACAUAAGAAUUGUACAUAAGAACUAAUAACAUUGAAAGUUAUAUCUGUAAUUAAUAAAGAAUAACUAAAAGGAAUAAUAAUAAUAUAAUAUAUAUAAUAAUAAUGUAAUAAUAAUAAUAUAAUGCAGACAAAAAAUAUUAAUAUGAACAUUUAUAUAAAAUUUAUAUAAAUUCAUGUAAAUUCACAUAAAAUAAUAAUUCAAAUACGAUUAAUAAAAUGAUUACUAUAAAUUUGUAGAAAACAAUAUAAAUGAUAUUGAAUAGAAAGAAAAAUUUAAUAUUAAAUACCAAAUUAGCAAUUAAAUAUUUAUUAUAUAUUGAUACAUAUAAAUUUGUAUGAAUAAUAUAUUGUAAUAUGAAUUAUUUAAUACUUAUUAUAUUUUUAAAAUGUAAUGAAAUUUUGAAAUGUGAUUCAUAAAAUUGAAUCGUAAAUUAAUUAAUAUUAAAUUAGUAUUAAAUAAUUCAAAUCUUUUACACAAUAAGAUUCUUUAAAUUAAUAUCAGCUUGUUUUAAAGCAAUGUAAUUUUUUAACUGCUUUACUCGUAAACAUGCCCAAACUAGAUGAUCAUGCAAUGCAUGAAUUUGAGCAGCUGCUAAUGCUGCACUUUCAGGAUAGAUUACUGUGGUGCAUCCAAUUCCUAAAAAUUUAAAAAAUUUUAUUUAAUAAUAUAUAUUUUAUGAUUAGAAAAUAUAAUUAAAUUAUAGUUGACAAUUCACCUGAUGGAACAUUGAUCGAUGACCAUAAAUCUUGGGAAAUAUUUUCUUUGAAAGGUGGACAAUUAAUAACAGGCAGAGAUGUAUUUCCAGAAAGUACUAGACCUAAUCCAUUACUUCUUCCUGCUACAGCUAUUAACACUAUCUAAGAAAAAAAUGUGUACAAAAAAAAUUUAUGAUAAUUUAAAAAUAAAUAUCACACAUUUAUUAAUAUCA